UAAAGAGAUCAGAUCAUCAAUACAUAUUCCAUAUUGUAAAGUUAUUUACUGGCCUGUUGAGUGGUUUUAGAUUUAUUUAGUCUUCAAAAAUGACUUUGAAUGUAUUUAACGAUCUCGAGUUUGAAAGCGUCGUCCGAGAAUUUGACACCCCUGAUGUUGAAGGAUGGGAAUUUUUCACGGAGAGCCACGGAGUCAAAAUAUACAGACUUUAUAACGAGAGAUCAGGACUAUAUGAGUACAAAGUGUAUGGGACCCUAGAUGACUGUCCACCUGAUGUAUGUUCUGAAGUCUACCUGGACCUGGAGUACAGGAAGAAAUGGGACAGCUAUGUCUCAGAAUUGUAUGAACGAGAAGCCAACGGUAUGAAAGUCAUUUAUUGGGAUGUUGCCUAUCCGUUCCCGAUGUCACAUAGAGAUUAUGUUUACAAGAGAGAAUAUAAGGAAUUGGAACACAAUGGACAAAAGGUGUAUGCAGUGAUGGCCAAAAGUGUGGAGUGUUCAGAAAUCCCCGAGAAGUCUGGAGUGAUCAGAGUAGACGAUUACAAGCAGAGCUGUGUCCUCACCACAGACGGCAAAGUGGGGUCCAAAGCAUUUAUGAGAUACUAUGACAAUCCAAAAGGCAUGAUACCCACAUGGCUAAUCAACUGGGGUGCUAAGACUGGUGUUCCUUCUUUCUUGACCAUGAUGCAGAAAGCUUGUCGAACCUACCCCGAAUACAAGGCUAAAAGGAUGGCCGCUACAAGCUAAAUAUCAGGACUAAAAAUAGAUAAUACUCAGGUCAUCGUCACAGCCCAAAUAUCUGUGAUAAAAUUUAUGUCUUUUGACAAAUACAAAAUGACCACUUUUAUCAUUUUACAUUCCUUUCUUUCAGAUUGUUUAAUUUAUUGAAUGUUAGUUUGUGUGUGCUAAAUGAGUUCUACCUAUAUACAUACAGAAGAGUGGACUUGAAUUGUGAUAGACCCAACUCUUUUAAUUUAUUGUAUGUUAGUAUGUGUGUUUUAUGACAGCCACUUCCAUACAUGGAUAAGAUUGUACUUCUAUGUUAUAUACCUAUUUCAGUGCAAUGAAUGAUUAUUCUGUGAUGGUAUCAUUUGUUCAUGUGAUUCAAAUUUUGACAUCAAAUUCAGAUUUAAAAAUCAAACAAUAAAAAUAGAGUAUGUCUUAAUA